GGAGCGCGGGACGCCAUGGCCGAGCGGCUGUCGGAGGAGCAGAUCGCCGAGUUCAAGGAGGCUUUUUCCCUUUUCGACCGGGACGGCGACGGCUGCAUCACCACCAAGGAGCUGGGCACCGUCAUGCGCUCGCUGGGGCAGAACCCCACCGAGGCGGAGCUGCAGGACAUGGUGGGCGAGGUGGACGCCGACGGCAGCGGCACCAUCGACUUCCCCGAGUUCCUCUCGCUGAUGGCGAGGAAGAUGAGGGACUCGGACAGCGAGGAGGAGAUCCGCGAGGCCUUCCGCGUCUUCGACAAGGACGGCAACGGCUACAUCAGCGCGGCGGAGCUGCGGCACGUCAUGACCAACCUGGGCGAGAAGCUGACGGAUGAGGAGGUGGACGAGAUGAUCAAGGAGGCCGACUGCAACAACGACGGGCAGGUCAACUACGAGGAGUUCGUGAGGAUGAUGACGGAGAAGUGACCUUCAUCCCCGGCCCGC